CUGUUCUGGAAUUAAAUGGGAAGCCACUGCCUUGAUGUUCCCGUCACUGCGCAGUCGAGUCCAUCUGUAUGAACAGUACAACGCAAUCGCUGCACGCAGAGAAUCUGCCCUCUAGGCUUGAACAAGGGGUCACACAAAACUUCUAUACAUCCUCCGCCACGUGGCUCCGAAACACUGAUCUGAAAACCCUUUGAUUUUUUUUUUUUUCGCAAUUACAUCUAUAGGCGAGAGAGAACGAUCGAUCACGAUCGAUCUUCGAUGGGCUUAAUCAAAAGCAGCUUCUCAUUCAUGGUGGGAACAUUUUUCGGAGUCUACGUUGCUCAGAACUACAACGUUCCAAAUAUAAAGAAGCUUUUCAACACAGGGCUUGUGUUCGCGAAGCACUUCGAAGAGAAUUAUCGCAAGCCCAAGAAGAAGAGAGACGAAGAUGAUUGAUUUCUGAGUUAGAGGUUCCAUUCAAUUCCAGGUUUUCUAUACUAUGUGUUUGUUUGUUUUUUUCAACAGGGUUUUUGUUAUAGACUCGGAUUAGGAAUGAUCAAUAUUGAUUGGAGAUUUAUGAGGGAUUCAGUUUUUAUAUUGAAGAAUUUGAUGAUCUGUUGUUGUGUUUUCGGUUCUGAGUUCGAAAUGUGCAUUAUCUUUUACCCUUCUUGUUUGGUUGCCGAGAAAAAAAGACAAGAAUUGUAAUUGGGCAUUGUAAAUAUUUGAUAACUUCAUUAAUUAAUUGUCUUGUUAGUUGAACCA